UAGUGGAUAGAAUGAAGAUUGAAUGUAUAAUGAAGACGCGUCAGCAUUGCGUUUCGCAUUUUCGCAUUUUCGGAUUCGUUGUUUUCGGUGUUUAUGGUUCAAGACCGACGAGAGGUGCUUCAAGCAGUGUAACAAUGUCUAUAUAAGAGAUGGAUCCUCCAACUGGCACAAUGAAGUCUUCAACUCCCUCUAGAGAACGUGUAGUGAAACAUACUGCAACACAUCUUGUUCAUACAGUUGCCCCUGACCACGAACCAAUUCCACCAUGGCCCAAGAAGAGCGCGUCUGGCUCUCCUCCCCCUCCUUCCCCUUAUCCAUCAUCGGAGCCAUCGUCUAUGCCAUCCCCUUCCUCAUCAUCUUCUACCAAACCAUAAUCCAGUACCGCGCCUGGUUCUUCACCUGCGUCGUCUUCGGCGCCGCCAUGGAAGUCGCCGGCUACGCCGCCCGUAGCUACUCUGCUAAAUUCCAAUACGAAGUAGCCCCCUUCGCCAUCCAAUCCACCUUCAUCGUCAUCGCACCCGUCUUCAUUGCCGCGGGGAACUAUCUCCUGAUCGGCCGCCUCAUCCGCGCCGUGCUGCCCCCAACCCACCACCGGAUCUUCCGCGUCCCCGCACGCCUGCUGACAAGGAUCUUCGUCGCCUUCGACGUACUUUCGUGCUUGAUCCAGGCGUCCGGGUCCGGGAUCGCGAGCUCGAAUGACUGGGAGGGGAGUACCGUGGAGACGGGCACGAACGUGCUCAUUGGGGGACUGAGUCUGCAGGUGGCAACGUUUACCGUGUAUAUGUGCAUCUUCAGCCGGUUCCAUUGGUUAGCGAAUCGGAUGGAGGUCGAGGACACGCCAGCAGGUUGGCGGAAGGUGAUUCUGGCGGUGUAUGUUUCGUCGUCGCUGAUCUUGGUCCGCUCGGUUUAUCGCGUCAUCGAGUUCGCCCAGGGCAUCCACGGGUACGCCUUCACGCAUGAAUGGAUCUUCUGGGUCUUCGAGGCUAUCCCCAUGCUCAUCGCCAUUUCUAUCUUCUGCCUGUAUCAUCCCAGUCGAUUCCUGGGUCGCCGCGGGGGGAUGCAGCAUGUGGAACUCGCUGCGAAGAGGGAGCAGGAUUCGUCGGCUAGCUCGGAGCGGAGACAGGAUGGGGGGGUGCUUGAAGUGUGAAAGGCGACAUGGUAAUGAGGCGACAUUUGGAAAGGGACGAAAUUGUAUGGGAGAGA